AUGGAAGUUCUUGCCGGAGUGGCCGCAUCGGCCUGGUCGUAUUUUUCCGACAAUUCAAACCUGCCUCUUUCCAGCCUUUUUUCGACACGGAGCUCAGGAAAUGCAAAUGUAACUGCCCUGGUUGAGAAGCUCUCCGCGAAUGCUCAGGUUCUUCUGCCGGGUAGUGACCGCUAUGAGGACGCCACUAUGCGCUGGUCAGUGUUAGCGGCCCCGGCUGUGUCGUUCGUGGUUGUUGUGGCCACGGAGGAGGAUGUCGCUCAGACAGUCAAAUUCGCAAAUCACGAGAAGCUACCCUACCUCGCCGUUAACGGAGGCCAUGGAGCCAUCCUCACUCAGGGCAGGAUGAAGAACGGGAUUGAAAUCUGGCUCAACAAAUUAAACACCGUCGAGCUCGCAAAGGACGGCAAAACCGCCACCAUUGGCGGCGGUACCUUGUCCAAGACCGUCACCGACACACUCUGGAAAGCCGGGAAGCAAACUGUCACCGGCUGCUGCGAGUGCACCAGCAUCCUUGGUCCCGGUCUCGGCGGUGGUCACGGCUUCCUACAAGGCCGCUACGGACUCGUCUCCGACCAGUUUGUGUCCAUGAGAAUGGUCAACGCAGACGGCAACCUCAUCUCCAUUUCAAAGAAGACGCACCCUGAUCUUUGGUGGGCUAUGCAAGGUGCUGGCCAUAAUUUUGGCAUCGUCACAUCCGUCAAAUUGAAAAUAUAUGACAUUGUUCAUAAGACAUGGGCCUACCAGAGCUUCAUCUAUACGGGCGACAAGGUUGAAGGCUUGUAUCAUGCCAUCAAUGAGGAGCUGCUCAAGAAUGGAACACAGUCGGUGGAUAUCUUGAAUUAUUCCUUCUUCUUCAACUCUCCUGGUUUGGACCCGGAAAAGCCAGUCAUCAUGUUCUACAUCGCUCAGGAAGGUGCAGCAGCAGUCGAUUCCAUCUACACCAAACCCUUUGAAGACCUCGGCACUGUGGUGACAGGCAAAGGCUCUGGUGACUACACCCAGCUCGCCGCCUGGACCGGCAACGCCAAUGACUCGCCCCCCUGCCAAAAGGCCGGCCUCGCCAACAUCCGCUUCCCCAUCGAUCUCGACACCUACUCCAUCGAGGCCCAGCGCGCGGCCUACGACCUCUUCGCCAAGGGUACCAAAGAAACCCCUGCCUUUGCCAACUCACUCUUCCUCUUCGAAGGCUACUCGACCCAAGGCGUCAAGGCCAUUGACAGCGACUCCACGGCAUUCGCAUUCCGAGCCAAUAACCUUCUCGUUUCGCCGCUGAUUACCUAUCAGCGCGAUGGUUCUGCAGCGCUGGAUAAACAGGCAGCCGGGUUUGGCGAGUCGCUGAGGCAGGUGUUGCACCGGGGCAGUGGGCGCAAGGAGAUGCACACGUAUGUGAAUUAUGCGUACGGAGAUGAGUCGCUGAAGAAUCUUUAUGGGUAUGAGGAUUGGAGACAGAAGAAGCUCAAGUCGUUGAAGGGGACAUAUGAUCCGCAUGGCAGAUUCAACUUCUACGCGCCCAUUGCUUGA